ACUUGCAAUCACAACUUACAUCUCUUUGAGCAACAUGGGUGUAAAGCCAUGUCAUGGGCUACUAAUACUACCCCUGCUUUUCUCUUACAUUCUCUCAUCUACUGCUAUGCCUACAUCAAGGAGCCUGAUCUCAAUUAAGAAAGAUACAUUGGCCACCAAUUUACUGGCUCAGGGUGGAAUUGAUGUGAAGAAUGAUGAAGGGAAGUUGACAGAGUUGGAAGGAGGAGCGUCUGGAAAAGAGAAGAUAGAAAUGGAAAGCACUGAGUACAGAGACCAAAUAAGAAGCUCAAGUAUGGAAAUGAUGAUAGAGAAUAAUGAUGAGAAUGACAAGAAGAUGAAGAACAAGGGGAGUAUGGAUAUGGAUAUAAUAAUGGAUUAUCCUCCCACAGGAGCAAACCCCAGCCACAGUACACCACCACCACCUUAGUUUCAUUUCAUACAUAUCUAUCUACCUAUAUGUGUAUAACACUAACCAUGGAUAAUAAUAAAAUAAGACAUCU